GCGCGGGGCCGGGGGGCGCGGGGCGGCCAUGCGGCUGCUGCGAUGCCUGCGGAAGCGGGCGGCCCUGGCCGGGGUGCCCACCUACAUCGAGCACUUCAGCAAGUUCUCGCCUUCGCCGCUCUCCAUGAAGCAGUUCUUGGACUUCGGCUCCAGCAAUGCCUGUGAGAAGACAUCCUUCGCCUUCCUGCGGCAGGAGCUGCCCGUGCGCCUCUCCAACAUCAUGAAGGAGAUCAACCUGCUGCCCGACCGCGUGCUGCGCACCCCCUCCGUGCAGCUGGUGCAGAGCUGGUACGUGCAGAGCCUGCUGGACAUCAUGGAGUUCCUCGACAAGGAUCCUGAAGACCAGACCACGCUGGGGCAGUUCACCAAUGCUUUGGUCACCAUCCGUAACCGCCACAACGACGUGGUGCCCACCAUGGCACAGGGAGUCAUCGAGUAUAAGGACGCCUAUGGGGACGACCCGGUGUCCAACCAGAACAUCCAAUACUUCCUCGACCGCUUCUACCUGAGCCGCAUCUCCAUCCGAAUGCUCAUCAACCAGCACACACUGCUCUUUGAUGGCAGCACCAACCCAGCACACCCCAAACACAUUGGGAGCAUCGACCCCCACUGCAGCGUGGCCAGCGUGGUGAGAGACGCCUACAACAUGGCCAAGCUGCUGUGUGACAAAUACUACAUGGCCUCUCCUGACCUGGAGAUCGAGGAGGUGAACGCCAGCAAUGCCCAGCAGCCCAUCAGCAUCGUCUACGUCCCCUCACACCUCUACCAUAUGCUGUUCGAGCUCUUCAAGAACGCCAUGAGAGCCACCGUGGAGAGCCACGAGAACAGCCCCCGUCUGCCACCCAUCCACGUGUUGGUGGCCCUGGGACAGGAGGACGUCUCCAUCAAGAUGAGUGACCGGGGUCUGGGUGUCCCCCUGCGUAAGAUCGAGCGUCUCUUCAGCUACAUGUACUCCACGGCGCCCACCCCACAGCUGGGGGAAGGGGGGGCCCCCAUGGUCGGUGCCCCCCUGGCCGGCUUUGGGUACGGGCUGCCCAUCUCCCGCCUGUACGCCAAGUACUUCCAGGGGGACCUGCAGCUUUUCUCUAUGGAGGGUUUCGGCACCGACGCCGUCAUCUACCUGAAGGCUCUCUCCACGGAUUCGGUGGAGCGGCUGCCGGUGUACAACAAGUCGGCGUGGCGGCACUACCAGGCCAGCCAGGAGGCAGGGGAUUGGUGCGUGCCCAGCACCGAACCCAAGAACACCUCCACCUACCGUGUGCCAUAGGGUGGGGGGCACCGCCUGGACCCCCACUGCGCCGGCACUCAGGUCCAGGAGCUGGGGGGUGGCAGUGGGGCAUUAGGAGAAGGAGGGGGAAGCCCUUGUUGUCUCCAGCCCAUCAGCCUCAAUGCCUGCCCCACGGUGGGCAGCGAGGGCCUCUCCCCCCCCCCCCCCCAGACCAGUUUGAGCAGCAGCACUUUGUAACCCCCCCCCUC